CCCGAUCGUUUAUUAUAGCUAUCAUGUUUCGCCACUGCGUGGGUGUCGCGUGUGUUUUGAUAGCCGCUUUGCUUUCAUGUCUUUCCAACCCGGCUGAUUCGGCGCCGAAUCACCUCGCCAUACUGGACGAAGAGCUGGAGUCGGAUGAUUUGAUCAAUUUUGAAACAAACUUAAAGCGUGAUGAACGAGCUGCAGGUUGUGGAAGUGGAAGCGGGUCUGGAAGUGGAAGUACAAGUGGAAGUGGAGCUGGGACUACUGGAAGUGGGGGUGGUUAUGUAUCGACCCAAACCACCCACAAUGUAUUUACGGAUAUAGAUACGGUACAAGUCACUACCAGGCAACCAAUUAUUCCCUUACGUAUACACCGUCUCCAUGUGACGUCAUCAGUCACGGCUCGAUUCGCCAAGACCGUGGUCACGAGUCACGUGGUCAACCCGGCCAAUCAGAGUCAAGAGGUCAACUUCUACAGCGAGCUGCCUGACGAGGCUUUCAUAUCGGGAUUUUUAAUUGAGGUUGAUGGCAACGUGUAUUACUCUACGGUUGACGAGAAAGAAAAGGCGCAGAAAGCGUACGACGAUGCAAAAAAGCGCGGUCAGACUGCGGGCCAAGUCAAACAAACAUCGGAGAAGAAGAAUGACUUCACCAUAUCAAUCAACGUUGAAGGUGGAGGCACGCUGUCGUUUAAUCUGACCUACGAAGAGCUCCUUAAACGUAAAAACGGUUACUUUGAGAACCCUAUCUUCAUCUCUCCUGGUCAGCCAGUUGAGCAUCUCACUGUAGACGUACACAUCAACGAACCUCAGGGCCUCGACGAAAGUAAGUUGGAAUUCUUUUUGGAGGAGAGACCCUCAUCGACUGGCAACCACAGGGAGGUAGUGCGCCCUCAUUGGGCAGGGAUAAAACAAAUUUACCGUGACCGUGUCCACGUGCAGUUUCAUCCGGACAGGGCAGAGCAAAAGCUCGUUUCCCCCGAUGGCAUAAUGGGUAGAUUCAUUGUGCGGUAUGACGUCAUCCACGGACAAAACGCUGGGAAAAUCGAGAUUGUCAACGGCUAUUUCGUGCAUCACUUUUCCCCGGAUGGCUUUUUGCCCAUGCGCAAGAACGUCGUGUUUGUCCUCGACACGAGUGGUUCCAUGGGUGGAUUCAAAGAAAGACAAAUGAAGGAAGCCAUGGCAACCAUUUUACCGGACUUACGGGAGCAAGACAACUUUGGGAUUGUCUUCUUCGAAACGACAACAAGAUCUUGGAAAGAGCACUUAGUGCCUGCAUGUAAAUCAAAUAUUGAAGACGCAGCAUUCGCAGUCAACUAUGUACGUGCGAGGGGAGGUACUAAUCUUCACGGGGGAGUAAUGGACUCUAUCAGCUUAUUAGAAGACGCUGAAAACAACGAGAUAUCAACCACAGGUGUGUUCUCUCUCAUCAUCAUGCUGACCGACGGUUCGCCCUCUGCUGGCAUCACGAACUUCGAAGCCAUCAAGACUAGCAUCCGCGAGAGGUUGAACGGGAGGUAUUCUCUCUUCUGCCUUGGUUUUGGGCACAACUUGAACUACGAGUUCUUGGAGCAGUUGUCCCUGCAGAACAGCGGACUCGCCAGGACGAUCUACGUUGAAGCCGACGCUGGGCUGCAGCUGGUGGGCUUCUACAACGAAGUAGCCACCCCUCUGUUGUCGAACAUUGUGAUAAAGUACGAAGACAACCUAGUUGAGAUUAACAGCAUCUCCCAGACGCUGUUCCCUUCAUACUUCUCCGGGACCGAGUUGGUGGUGGCAGGCAAGUUGGCUGUCGGUGAUGAUCUGCCUAAUGUUUUGACAUGCGUAGUGACGGCGGAUACGGAGGGUGCGCAGGUUCUACUUCAACUUGAUACUGACAUCAAGAAGGAGAGCGAAUCAGUCCUGAGCCCGCACGCCGUGGACGACUUCGCUCAGAGACUAUGGGCCUUCCUCACCAUCAAGGAACUACUGAGCAAGCGCAUUGCGGCCGACGGGAGCGCUGAAAAGGCCUCACUGACAAAGAGGGCGCUAGAUCUUUCUCUCAAGUAUCACUUUGUGACUCCACUGACGUCACUGGUGGUGGUGAAACCGGAAGAGGUCACCGCAGCUGAUGUCGAGAUUCUGCCACCUGCAUCGGCUCAUGAAACGUCGAGUUACGUCAUCCCACCACCGGUUUCAUCGAAAGGAAGGCAAGGUUCGCCCAUGUUACUAGUACCUCCACCACCUUUUGCACCGGUGGCACCGGUAGCACCUGUGACAGCACACUUGAGUGUGGACAGCGACCCUCAUUUCAUGGUGCACGACACACGUGACAACCUUACCGUCUGCUUCGACAUUAUGGGUACCCCUGGUGACGUCAUUAGUCUGGUCCACGAUCCAAUAUUAGGAAUUGAUGUCAAUGGUCACUUAGCAAGCCCCUAUCGCGAUUAUGACCUGUCGACAAUGCCGACACCAACAAUAUUCGACAGUCUGUCGAUGUCUCUAGCCGGCCAUCAAAUCCUCAUCAAUGCAGAUAUUGUUAACAUCAGGUCGACUCUGUCGAUGAAGUGGGAGGCAGACUGGGACGCGAGUCUGGACGAGGGUGUACACAUUAGCGCAAGAGACCAAAAGUAUCUGACCGUCCGUUUGGGAAAAGGCAUCACGCUGGUUGUGUACCGUCACGAUGUAGCGCGCCACCACGCGCUCAAAGUGGAUUACUUUGGCCUGUACAUUGAAGAUGGGGAAGGAUUUUCGCGCCAAGUACAUGGUAUCAUCGGCCAAUUUGAACGCAGAGAGCUACGUCUGGAUAUGGACUCCGUAACUGUAGAUGAAGACUUCCAGGUCAAAGGUUACAUCAAGGCAAACAACAAACGUAUCGAAGCUAUCCAAUCAGAGAGGAGGAAUCUCUUGACAGACAUAGUCUGGACGUGUUGGUAUGUAGAUAACGACGCGUACGGACUGAUUGAUGGCAACUUAACCGACUACGUGGUUAAUAAGUAAGGAGUUGAAACUUUGCUUUGCGGGUUUACAGACCUUCAGAUAAGCCAUUUGGAGGUAUGGUGGCCGGACACAGAAGGCUAUAACACUAUUAGAUUUGGGUCAAUCUAAUCAUAUUCACUCAAACCAUACAGCGAUUGCCAAAGUGCUCACCAUUUUUCAAAAAGGCUUAUUACAACUUCACAGUUUCUGCACACCGAUGUUAUAAAACUAUAGAAAGCUAUCAAAUGUAAAAGUAAAAACAAAACCACACUUUGUAACAAUAAUACCAAAAAUAUUCAACAUCGUUUAGGCUGGGUUGAUUUUUUUUAAACAAUGCAAGCAAUCAUGGGAGAUAUUUUAUCUUACUGAAAGUUCCAGAAAAUGUUGAAUUUUGUUGAAAUAAUAUGUUAACACGAUCGAAAGUUUUAUUCUGCAUUCUGCCGUCCAUGCCAACCAGCGCGGUUUGUUUAUCAACA